UCCUAUAAUAUAAUAUAAUUUUUUAUAUAUAAAACUAAAUUUUUAAUACAAAAAAGGAUACGUAAUUAGAAUAUCAUGGUUCCCAGGAUUCUGCGCACCAACUUUAUUCAGAAUUUGCUUCUGCCAAACGUGUGAAAACAUUAAUUAAUUCGCCUUCAAAGUUUCAAACAGGAUGACUUUGGUAAGAAUAAGACAAACAAAUUUAAGGGAGGCUUUCAACAGGAGUCCCCACAGAUUUUAACCUGACUGCAUGUAUGUGUAUGUAUGUGUGUGUGUAUAUACAGAGUUGAGUUUGUAGCAAAUUUUGAGAGAAAGAAGAUGGGUCGUUCGCAUAGCAGAUCACCCAAAUUGUCCCUCAGUAGGUCAGUGGGUCGUGUUCGUGUUCGUGUUUGUUCACCUUCGCUUCAACGCAAAAGAGCUUCGAAUUCGAUCAAAACCGAUCAGAAAGUUGAGUUCUUGGGCGACGGGGAAGAGAUUGACUAUGGUGGAAGCUAUGAAGAAGAAAAUGGAGGGACUGGAAAUAAGGUCAUGGUGGUGGUUGAUUCAAGUCUCGAUGCUAAAGGAGCUCUUGAAUGGGCACUUUCUCAUACUGUUCAAAACCAUGACACCAUUCUUCUUCUCUAUAUUAAGCAAGGUAAAGGAUCUCAUGGAAGGAUUAACAUAAGAGCUUAUGGAAAACUUAAUUCCAUGAAAAAUACUUGCCAAACCAAGAGGCCUGGGGUGGCAGUUGAGUUGAUAAUGCUGGAAGGGAAAGAAAAGGGUCCAAUAAUUGUGGAAGAAGCAAAGAAACAGAAGGUUUCGUUGCUGGUUCUUGGGCAAAGAAAGGAAUGGAUGGUGUGGAGAUUGAUGAAGAGAUGGGCAAGCGAGAGCGCCAAGGGAGAAAUUGUGGAUUACUGUAUCCAAAAUUCUUCAUGCAUGACAAUUGCUGUGAGAAGGAAGAGCAACAAGCUUGGAGGCUACUUGAUUACCACUAAACGUCACAAAAAGUUUUGGCUUUUGGCUUAGUUUUAUGUCUUACAAGUUUAUUCAUUUCUUUGGCUGUUCUUCUAUGCAUCAAAGGUGCAAUUUGUGGAUUACUUAGAUGGAAAAAUGACCAUAAAUUUAGGGUUUUUUAUCCCAAUGUUGCAACAAGGCUCUUGUAGAAGUCAUGUUCAGCUUUUACAUAUUCUAUUUCUCUAUUUUGAAUACAGAUAAUCCUGCAUUUAA